AUGAAGGUUGCGAUUAUUGGGGCAGGCCCUGCAGGUUUGUGUGCAGGGAGGCACUGUCUUAAAGAAAACUUUCAGUUCGAUAUUAUUGAACAAACUGGAAACAUUGGAGGAACGUGGAACUAUGUUCCUUCCACAGGCUGCGAUGACAAUGGGAUUCCAGUUCAUUCUUCUAUGUACAAAAAUUUAAAGACAAAUUUACCCAAAGAACUUAUGGCUUUUGAAGAUUUUACGUACCCGGAGUACCACGAAUCCUACAUAUCGCAAGAACAAGUUUUAGAUUACAUUAAUAGUGGCACAGUCCUGCUUUUGCAGUUGUUCAAACGAGUUCUUAAUGUUGAACCUCAAGACAACUUCUGGUUAAUCGAAUUCGAAGAUGCCAGAAACAAGGAGAAAGAAGUUCGGUACUAUGAUGCAGUUAUGAUCUGUAAUGGCCAUUGUAGAGAUGCUAUAAUACCAGAAAUACCCGGAAUUGGUAGUUUUCAAGGCAGUGUUAGUCACAGUUGUGAUUAUCGGACAUUUGAAGCAUACAAGGGUAAAAGAGUUUUAAUUAUAGGUGCAGGUACUUCGGGCUGUGAUAUAUCUGACAAAAUUUCAUCUGUAGCAAAUAACGUCUAUGUGAGUUAUAAAUCAGAACCCUUUUUUCCACUUCAUGAUUCUAUAUGCGAAAAACCUCUAGUAACAGAAAUAGAUGGAAACACAGCUUUGUUUCAAGAUGGUACCAGCGUAGAAGUUGACGCUAUCCUUUAUUGCACAGGAUACAACUUUAGUUUUCCUUUUUUGUCCAGCAAAUGUGGCGUUAAUGUUACGGACAAUUACGUCCAUCCUCUAUACAAACAAGUAAUCAACAUAGAACAUCCUACAUUAGCCUUUAUUGGAGUUCGUUUUUUCUUGUCGACUCUCAAUGGACACUACAAACUACCGCUGAAAAAAGAAUUGUUAGAAGAUCUUAACCACGCAGUCGCUAAAAUGUCAUCUAGAUCUGUACGGAAAUAUCACGUUCUGCGUGAAGCAACAGGAGAUUAUUUCGAAGAAUUGGCCACAGAGGCAAAUAUUAAAAGAAUACCACCAGUUAUAACAAAAUUGCUCAUGUAUGUGAAGACGAAUCGAAACAUAGAUGACAGGUUUAGAAUUAUCGAUGACGAAAAUUGGGAAAAGCUAUAA